AUGAACGAGAUCCCUAGCAGUGGAACGCAUCGAACGACGCCAGCGCCAGUGUCAUACCUAGCGUAUCAAUUAAAUCACCUCUUUGUCGGCGGUGAUGACGGAACUUUGCGCAUCUACUCCGUGUCCUCCCCGCGGGUCCUCAAAGCCGUGCGCGGGCUGGGCACAGAUGUUUCUUCCGUGCAGAUCGCCCGUCGUCCUGGGUCGAGCGACAAUGCUGAGGGAGCAUAUUCUUUGUCCUUAGACAGCGACAAGCUGGUGCUAAACGGUGGCGAGGCAGAGGUUAUUCUUGAACUAGGAGAAGACGAGGACGACAAUGUGAACGAGCUCAGCCUUACCAAUAAAUACCUAGCGUUCAGCACAGACGCGGGAUCCGUUGGAGCUGUUGAACUGUCAACCCACAAAGUCAUGCGUAUGAAGACCCGGCAUCAGAAUAUAUGCAGCACUGUCAAAUUCAUUCCAAACCGACCUAGUGAGCUAAUCAGCGGCGGCUACGACUGCGCGCUCUUGCACUUCGAUUUCACGCAAGGCACGAUACUUUCCAGACUUGACAUCUCAUCGACACCCUCGGCACCGGGAGUAUCGUUGUCGCCGCCUUUCAUUCAAUGUACGGCGAUGUCAGAGGACGCUGUGCUCAUCGCCGGCUUGGCGGAUGGCCGUGUUUGGAUCGGGGGAACGGACAGACUCUCGAAGCAUGCAAAGAAGAAACGCAGCCGCAAAUGGGACGGGUUGAAGGAUCAAGCCAUGUGCGUGCAAGCGGCAGAAGGACCGAUAGUUGGCAUAGCCUUCACCGGUCGGGAUUCAUUCCUGACGUGCACACUGUUGGGUUCUGUGUCGCUAUAUACCAUGACAGAGAAAGCGCCGCAAACAGGCGAAGAACUUUUCUCCGUUGAUCGGCGCUGGACGACGAACACCAUCGGCAUGGAAAAAGUCAAUUGCUUCUGCGUCUGCGGCGUAGGCACGGAUGAUGACUCGGCGUUAUGCUACGCCGUGGGAGGCUUCGAUAAAGAUGGCAAAGGGGUUGUUCGCACUUGUCUUGCGCCAUCAAACGUGAAGGCAAAUGUGUCGAGUAGUGCAGAAAAGGAUUAG